AUGGAUGCCAGGAAAACAGAAAAUUACAUGUGGAAAAUUAGAGUAGAUGUAAACUAUUUUUUCAGCAUAGCCUGCAAAGAAAACUUACUAAGCAUUAUAAAAUAUCUCAAAAAUUAUAACCGAAAUUGGAAUCACCACACGAAGUUUUUCAUCACAGUUUUAAAUCAAACACAAACUUUACUCGAUGAUGUUAUAGACAUUAUUGCAUGGGAGGACAUGAACGCGAUUCUUCUCACAACCUACGAUGAAGUUUAUAUAUUUAAAGGAGUAUAUUGUUACACACAAACUUGUUCUUGGAAUGGAGUUGUUCCACUUUGUCCUGGAAAAAACGUAACCAUCAUUCAAAAUAAGCCCAGGGAAACAUAUACGGCCACCUAUAUGACCUACCAGCCCUAUUUCAUAAAUGUCACAAGCAAUGAGCUGAUUAAAUACGACUAUUUCGAAAGUAAAGGCCUGGAGCAUAGCAUGUUGGCUCUACUGGCGGAAAUAACAAAAAUAAAAGUCCACAUUGUAGUUUCGGAAGAAACUUCCAACUAUGGUACUGUUUUGCCAAAUGGGACGGCCACUGGGGCUCUUCAGCAGUUUGACGAAAAUAGGUUUGAUUUUAUAUUGGGAUGUUAUGUAGCAACUAUAAACAGAACCUAUCAUUUCUACUACACCUUUCCUGUGUUACAUGUCGCGCUUCAAUGGUUUGUGCCGUAUGACCUGAUAAGAUCAGAAAAUACCAUAUCGGAUGUGUACACUUUGUCUCUAGUGACACUAACUGUAAUACUUGUUGGUUGUGCCAUUCACUUAAGUCAAAAAUAUAAAAAACACCCUGUAACAAUCGGAUUUAUAGUUUUGACCAUUUACGCUAUAUUAAUAGGUGCCCCUAUCAAACUCCUCAGGAAUACUCCAUUUAGAGUUUUAAUAUCCUGUGUGAUCGCGUUAAAUUUCUUCCUGAACCUUAUAUUUUUAACAGCCGUAACGAGCAAUCUUGCAAAUGUCCAGUACAGGCAAAAAAUCGACAUGGAAGAACAGCUGAUCAAAAGUGAUCUCGAACUUUACGCUUAUUCGUUGGACCACGGGUUUUUCCGAAACAGCCCGUACGAAACAAAAAUUAAACAUUGCUAUGAUGAAAAUGAAUGCAUGAAGGUUGCGGCCAAGGAAAGGAAAACCGCCUAUGCUUACUCCACAAAAAGUUCCAACUACAUAAUAAAUCAUUUUUCUGAGGAAAAAGGGAAACCCCUCUUGCAUGCUAUCAAAGGUAAGAUAGCGCUUUUGCCGUUGACAAUUUAUAUGAGGAGAGGGUUUCCUUACUACCGGAUUUUCUCCCAAAAUCUUCUACGCAUCAGAGAGUCGGGUUUUUUGGAGAAAUUUUUAACGGACAUUCAAGGCAUAGAAAAUAAAGAAUAUCCAGACAAAAAACUUCUUAUUCAUCUGGAAAGUUUAAAGCCUCUAUUUGUAUCUCUUUUCUGUAUGCAUUGGAUUGCUUUCUGUGUUUUUAUUGCCGAAAUUGUAUUCAAAAACUGA